AUGAUCGGGCCGGUGGUGCUGGGUGCACUCGUGAACGCCUGCCUCUUCGGCUGUCUCAUCGUCCAGACCUAUGUGUAUUAUGCGAAUUUUGGCAACGAUCGUCGAGCGAUCAAGAUCACGGUAGCUGCAAUCUUUGCAUCGCAGAUUGCGCAUGUGACUUGUGUCUCGGCGUCACUUUGGAACGUUGCUGUCAGCACCUACGGCGACCCUUUGAGACUCCAGGUCUUCCCAUGGGGGGCAGACGCAACUAUCCUCUUUACUGCGAUUACAGGGGUACUGGUUGAGUCGCCCUUCGCAUUUCGACUAUGGAAGCUUUCGAAAAGUCUUUAUCUGCCUCUGCUCUCGCUGGCACUCUGUUUAGCAGCUCAGUCUGUUUCGCUCGUGAUCGCAGUGAGAGCUUUCAACAUGAAAAGCCUCGCGACAUUUGCACAUGAUCAGAACACACUGAUCACGCUUUCACUCACUUCGCGUGUGGUUUGUGAGCUGACACUCACCAUGGCCAUUGCGUGGUAUUUGAGGAAGCAACGGUCGAUAUUUUCAAGGACAACGAGCAUACUUGACCGUCUGGUUCUGUGGACUAUCGACAUAUGGGUUGGAUUAUAUGCCAUCCUUGCGAGCGGUCUGUACCCGAAAAAAAAGUAUAUUCGGAAAACUCACCUAGCCCUUGCUUCGCAGUGAAUGCAAACUCUUUACUGGCAUCGUGAGUUUGUUUAAUUAAUUUGGCGACACGAGUUUACGCGGUUGCAGGCUAAACGGCAGAUUAAUGUUCCGAAAGAUGCUGAACGAAAGCUUACACAUGGCAACUAUGAGUAGUCCAUGUAAUAGGCGUGCCAAACCACAGGUUCGCAGACAAAUCACUUCGCAAAGCAAUUUACUCAAGUCAUACGAAGCCUUUUGUGAUCAAUGUCGCACCGAGAGCGACUCGAAGUUCCUCCAGAGGUUUUCAAAUACGAUGAGAGUAAGAUUUAUGUUCUAGAAACUAGACAACCGCAAACCGUGUAUUCUAUGACGAGGUACCUCUGCUCUUGAAGAUUAGAAUGAGUAGCUAUUCACUAAGCGUGAUACGCGCACCGUGGAAUCUUAGCUUGA